GUUGGAUUCCCAAAGUCGUGAUUAUUGUUCUUCCUGGAUAUGCGGCCAUGAGUCCUUAUUUCUUUUAAUUUCUUGUGAUGAAUUAGUUCCCUUCAACGCAAGCUGUGUACAUUUCUUAUUUCAUGUUUUACUAAUUAAAUAAUUCUACGCCGUUGCCAUUUUGCGUCGUCGGCCCUGCCAGGAUCUCAUAUCCAGCAAACAUGGCUCAUAAUGAGGUAUCGGCCGCCUGGCAUCCGGCUCUCAGAUCGGAGGAUGGUGUACCUUCGAAUGCACCUAUCUCGGACGACCUAACACAGGAAACGAAAGAUUCCACAACAGAAUCUGCCGCCGAGCUCAACUCUCCCCAGGCAUUUAUACAAGAGAACGAGUUUCAUAGCAGCUCUUCAUCCCAAGAUACCGAUGCUUCUGUUGACGUGCAGCCUACAGUCGCCCCGGCCGUAAUGGACUUAGAUACUCCGCCGCAUGCUGAGCAAGUCUUGACUCCCGAGACUGGUCAGGAGAACACUGCAGAGGAUUCCGCGCAGGAAGAUAUCCCAGGUAAUCAGCAAGGGUUGCUGCAAACAAUGUCCGAUGAGCCUCGUGUUAUCGAGACUUCUGAGGAAAGCGCGCCUGCGUUUGGGGGCGACGCGAACGGGUCUCACGAUACCACGGCGCCUGACAACGUUAUGGACGAAUCCUUUUUAGAAGAACAUAACACUACAGAGCAUCGCGAGGAUAACGACGCAGCUUCUUGGUUCAAUGAGCAGGUUGAUAAAGGUGACCAUCUGACUACCAACGAAUUUGUGAAUGACGAUAACCAAGAGUUUUGGGGAAGCCCUACAAAUGGUGAUGCCGGGGACGACUUUUUCAGCCAGCUGAAAACCCAAACCAAGCCAAUUUAUAUUCCACCUGAAACAGAAUCUAGAUAUGAGGAGGGUGUUCCGUUGCUAGAUCAUACUGUUGAGUCACCAGCCCAGCCUUCUGUGAAGGAAGAGAGUCAGAUCGAUAAACUGUUUGAGAAUGAUGGUGACGAUGAAGGUGGAGCAUUCUUUAAUGAGGUUCAGGGAUCUGUACCAGAAGAAGCAGAACCAUCCCCCCAUAUUACUCGCAAGAGUACCACACAAGUCAUCGGCUCGCUUGACGCUUCCCCCGACUCUCCGGUCAGCGCCGCAUCCCCAACAGCUCAGGAAUUUGACAAUAUCCUAGCGGCGGCUGCAUCAGAGAACCAGGCCAAGGAGGAUCUUUCUGACGAUGAUUUGGCUGCAAAGUGGCAGGCUGAACUGUCCAAUGACCAACCUGAGAAGGGUUCAGAAGAUGACUUGGCUGCUAGGUGGCAAGCAGCGCUUGAUGACGAUGACGAUUUGCUUUUGGAGGAUGAGAUUGACGAGGGCUCGAACAAUCGUCAAGAGUCACUUCCUCAGGAUCUGAAUGGGAGUGUCUACGAGACGACCCAGGCAACCCUGAGCAGUCCCUUCGGUACUCCGCAGAGCUCAGCGCGACCCCAGGCGCAACCCACCAGUUACACGCCACAUCAGCCAUCCACAUCGGAUUUACUACAAGGGAUCCCAGGCAUUGCUCCUCAAUCAAGUGUCGCUCCAAUGCAAGACUAUUUUGCAACCCCACCCCAGCCGCGGCCGACCGCAAAGAGAGCAGAGAGCUUCGCAGAACGCUCUAAACAAGGCUACAAGUCACCCUACGACCUGCCAGAUGAUCUUACUCGUCCUCGCAAACCCGUGGUCGCCCACAAACCGGUUGUCGCGCAUCCUGGUAGCAUGCCACCACCACCACCUCGGAGUAGCAGUAUCCCAGGGCCUCCCCCCAAUGCGUCAGGGGUACCUACUCCACCUCCGGCGGCAACGUCAGUUCCAGCUCCACCUGUCACCACACCUAAGAACUUCUAUGAAGAACUUCCUUUGCCGCCCCCUCGGCCAAGAUCCCGGCCCGCGAGCUCGGGACGUUAUACGCCUACUGCUAAUAUAGUGACGUCCCCACCAUCGCACUCGCAGCCGCCGCCGCCUCCGCCCCCAGCGAACCCAUAUGCUAGCCUCUCAUCUCCUCCGCAGGACAGUGCUAGUGUCGGUUCUCAACCUCAGAUGCAGCAACCAGAACGCUUAGAUCCGUAUGCAAAUCUAUUGGGCCCCGGUGCUCCAGGUGCCCCGGCAGCGCCUAACGCAGCGUCACGAUACUCGCCUAAACCACCUACUGUACAACCUGGGACCAAACCUCCAUUGGCACCCAGGUAUUCCCCGGCACCACCCCAGUCCGCUGCCCCGGCACCACCUCGUACCCGCUAUGCUUCUCAGCCAUCCAGCGUCUCUAGCCAGGGGGCUGUUUUGCCCUUCCAACCACGUACAUCAAGUCCGUUGGCUCAUCAUGAAAAAGUCUCAUACCAUCCGCCAGAGGGUCUUGCUAUCAGAUCUGUUCCAGAACCAGCAUCUAGCUAUGCUCCCAACGGUAUGCGGCCGCAACCGGAUGAGCAGGAAGUUUCUAACUCGAUCACAGCUCCCGUUGGCGCUGUAGAUUCAGCUGUUGCGACGGCGGUUCCUGAAAACGUGUCGGCGGCUCUUCAGCCCACCUCACCUCCGAGGACUUCGUAUGCUCCUCCGUCGUAUAUAAAUGAAUUUUCAAAGCGUGUUGCUCCUAUGGCCAGUCCUCCACCGGCGGUUGUGCCUCCUCCUGGUGACGCUCAAUUUGUUCAGCCUCGCAGGUCACAAACUCAAUCCCCUAGCCAACAGGCAUCGGCUCCAGGAUUGUCUGUACCCUCGGAUCCUUUCCAGCGGCCUGCUUCGGUUCAUGCUCCUGCUUCCCCCACGAAGUCUGCCAACCCCUACGCCCCAUCUCAUGUUUCUCUCCAUCACCGUGUUCUGUCACAACAACUUGAGUUCAUCCCACCCAAUGAUGGACAGGAAUUGGAUCCACUCGAGCGAUGGAAAGGCGCCCCAAUUGUCAAGUUUGGAUUUGGCGGCUCUAUAACGUCAUGUUUCCCAAAGCAUGUGCCUCGAUAUGCUGCUGGUCAAGCCGCGCCAAAAAUCAAGUCUACCCCAGGAGAAGUGAAAAUACUCCCAGUCAACGAUUGGGUGCCUAUCACUGAAGGCAUUGUGCAACAUCCCGGUCCACUUAAAAACAAGUCUAAGAAGAAGGACCUAGUUGCCUGGCUCUCGAGUAAGAUCGUGGCAUUCGAGAAUGAAGGCAUCUCUGAAGCAGCCCAAUUACACCCUGAGUCUUCGAAACGGCAUGACGAGAAAAUAUUACUGUGGAAGAUUGUUCGAGCAUUGGUAGAACACGAUGGUGUCUUGGAAGGGUCGGCUGAAAUAGAAAAGUCGUUACGCUACAUUAUAUUCCCUCACCUGCAAAGUUCAGAGUCGGAGCCGACUUCCGGAGUCAACCCCCCAGCCUUCAAUGCUUUGCCGCCACUGAACGCCCCUUCCCAGUCGGAUGCUACUGACAGCCAGUCAAUAGAGAGCAUUCGCAAUAGCCUUCUUGUGGGCAACCGGGAGAAAGCCGUAUGGGAUGCGGUGGACAAUCGUCUAUGGGGUCAUGCUAUGAUAAUCGCCUCAACCCUCGAUAGGUCUGUCUGGAAGCAAGUCGUUCAAGAAUUUGUCAGGCGUGAAGUCAAAUCUACGACUGGUAACUCGGAAUCCCUUGCCGCACUCUAUGAAAUUUUCGCCGGAAAUGUUGAUGAAAGCGUUGAUGAGCUUGUCCCCCCGUCAGCAAGAGCGGGAUUCCAGAUGGUCAGUAAAGUUGGUGGACAAGGGCCGUCUAAAAAUGCCCUUGAAGGUCUGGAUAGCUGGAGGGAUACGUUAGGGCUAGUCUUGAGCAACCGCAGUCCCGAAGACCACAAGGCCCUGUUGGCCCUCGGUCGACUGCUCUCAUCAUACGGUCGGACGGAAGCUGCUCAUAUUUGUUUUAUGUUUUCACGCGCCGCGGUAUUUGGCGGUGCAGAUGACCCUCAAACGAGUAUAGUUCUCUUGGGAGCCGACCACCAACAUCUACCCAUGAACGUGUUGCAGGAUGAUGAUGCGAUCUUGCUUACUGAAGCAUAUGAAUAUGCAGUUUCAGUCUUAGCGGGAUCUCCUACGUCUACAUUACCCCAUUUGUUGGCGUUCAAACUCAUUCAUGCUUGUUCUCUGGCAGAGAAUGGUCGCAAAUCGGAAGCUUUGCAGUACGCCGAUGCCAUUACAGCAGCUCUAAAGGCAACUACAAAGCCAUCUGGCUAUCACAACCAACACCUGCUUUUCGGAGUAGACGAGCUCUCGGCGCGCUUGAGACAAACGACCAAUGACAGUGGGUCUUCUUGGAUCUCUAGACCAAGCAUGGAGAAGGUUUCUGGUUCGAUGUGGGCCAAGUUCAACAGUUUCGUUGCUGGUGAAGAUAGUGACGCCGCCUCAACAGGUUCCGGAAAAGCUGGAGACGGAGAUAUUGGGCCGUUUGCUAAGUUUUCCGGCACUCCAACCGUCAGUCGGUCGCCAUCCGUGUCGGACUUUGGGCCCUACUCCUUGCCUGCAGCCCAGUCAGCGCCAGGCAGCGGCCCUUCACGAUAUCAACCGGGCAACCAGUACAUCCCCAACUCCUCCCCUGAACAAUAUCGUGGAAGAUCAUCUCUUGAUUCCCAGAGAUCAUCGUCGUUCGGGUUCCCGUUUGGGCAACGACGAGGCUCCCAAGAACCAUCGACACCUGUUGAAAGCAGCGCGUAUCCAGGUGGCUCACUUUACGGGUCUCCAUCUGCCGCGGGCUAUCAAUCUACCCCCCCUCAAGCGUCGUAUAUGCCCCUGGCGCCUGUUGUGGAAGAUUCAGCCUCUCAGCCCUACCCUGUCGAACCUGCCCCAAUGCAAGGAUCCCCUGUGAAUAUCUCGCCCUACCAACCCCCAGUUAAUGAGUCCUUUGGCGAACCUCUGGAUCAAAGUUUGGCGACAGCACCUGCAUCUGGCGUGGCCGGCUACUUUCCGCCCGGUGCCGGUAGUGGCUAUGAACCACCUUCCGUCGAAAUUAGCGCAGCUCCUACAUUGGACACCGCGGAAGAGCCCACUCAUCAGGAUGUCCUAAAAAAGAAGAAGUCCUUCAUGGACGAUGAUGAUGACGAUGACCUUGCGGCGCGUGCAGCCGCUAUUCAGAAGGCUGAGAAGGCACGCAAAGACCGCGAAGCCGAUGAGGCCUUCAGAAAAGCUGCGGAAGCUGAUGCCAAUAGACCCCCCGCUGCAGCGAAGAAAUCAUGGUUUGGCGGUUGGUUUGGAGGAGCAAAGAAAGAGAACGACAACAACCACAACAACUCGGGGGGGCCUAUCCGUGCCAAACUUGGCGAGGAAAACUCUUUUUAUUAUGACAAGGAGUUGAAGAAAUGGGUCAACAAGAAAGACCCGAACAGCGCCAGUGUAUCACGUGGCACACCGCCACCACCCAAAGCGUCGGCUCCUCCUAGCAGAAGUGCCAGUGGUAGCACUGCACCGCCUGCAGCAAGCCUGGGCUUGGGACCUGAUAGUAGGCCUCCGUCGUCUGCAGGUGCUCCCCCGUCACUAUCCAGCAGCCCAGCACCACCCUCGCUUGCUGCCCCCCCACCUAUGCUAGGCACUGCUCGGUCAGCCUCUACUGGUGCAGCCAUGCCCACGCCACCAAUGGGCUCCUCUUUGCCCCCGCCCCGCCCUGCAACAUCGCUGAGCCAUGCCAGCUCCAUAGAUGACCUUCUUGGGGCACCACAGGCACGCAAGGGCGCCCCUGCUAAAGGGCGGAAGAAAGGCCGAUAUGUCGAUGUGAUGGCGAAGUAGGCUAGCCAGCCUACUAGAUGCGGGGUCUUUUUAUUUUUUUUUUCUUUUGUGUGAUCAUGUCUUACGAUUUUCCUAAUUCCCGGCCCCACGUUACUCUUUGCACAUCGUGAAGCGCAUACGGCUUGCGUGUGCUAUAGAAUUCUUCUAUCCGCCUGCACAAAAGUCUUGCAUAGUGCAUUGCCUCAAUGAGGAGCACAUUCUUCUUCUCGACCCCUUUGCAUGACCAAUAUAUUCCCGUGUACAAUAAAUAUUUGCAUAUGCACCUUAUGCAAUGCUUAUUGCUUCCCCUUAUUCCCCUUGAUGAUUGCUUUGCUUACACUUCUAUCCAUCUGAGAUCUUGGCAUUGAGUGAUGUGGA